AUGCUACGUUCAAGGGCCCCACUACGGGGGGAUGAUGCCCCGUCGGAAUCUUCGAAUUCCACUUCUCCGGAGCGUGCGGCGGAAGAUGAUACUGAUUUUUUCAUGCAUCUGGCGAAUGACUCGGAGUCCUCAGUGGGAAUGGGCACCUUUCGAGAUCUCAAUGUCAAUAUUAACCCCGACGCUGUUCUCCCACCUAUCUCCCGCCUACCUCCCGAGCUCCUAAUUUCCAUAUUCACAAAACUUAACUCUCCCUCGGAUAUGCUGAGAUGCAUGCAGGUGUCUCGGACUUGGGCAAUCAAUUGUGUGGGAAUACUGUGGCAUAGACCCUCUUGUAACACUUGGGAUAACUUGGAAAGGGUAGUAAGGGCGUUUACAGAACCAAACAGCUAUUUUCAUUACCACGACCUCGUGAAACGACUAAACCUGUCCGCCCUGAAUAAAAAGAUCUCCGACGGAUCAGUGGUUCCCUUCUCGCGUUGCAAACGAAUUGAGCGCCUGACUCUGACUAAUUGCUCCAUGCUUACGGACAAUGGAGUGUCGGAUCUUGUGGAUGGGAAUAAACAUCUCCAGGCUUUAGAUGUCUCCGAUCUCAAGUCUCUGACGGACCAUACUUUGUUUGUAGUCGCAAGGAACUGCCUGAGACUUCAGGGAUUGAACAUUUCCGGCUGCAUCAAGGUGACAGAUGAAUCGCUUAUCUCCAUUGCAGAGAAUUGUCGUCAAAUUAAGAGGUUGAAAUUAAAUGGGGUUGCUCAAGCCACUGAUCGGUCAAUACAAUCAUUUGCUGCGAACUGCCCAUCCAUAUUGGAAAUCGACCUUCAGGGGUGCAGGUUAAUAACCAGCUCGUCCGUCACCGCCCUUCUAUCUACCCUUCGGAACCUUCGAGAAUUAAGAUUGGCCCAUUGUACUGAGAUUGACAACAACGCUUUUGUCGACCUUCCCGAUGAGCUAGUAUUCGACAGCCUUCGGAUCUUGGAUCUGACUGCAUGCGAAAACAUUGGGGAUGCAGCUGUGCAAAAAAUCAUUAACUCCGCACCGAGGUUGAGAAACUUAGUUUUAGCAAAAUGUAGAUUCAUCACUGAUCAUUCAGUGUAUUCUAUUUGCAAACUAGGGAAGAACAUCCAUUACAUCCAUCUAGGCCACUGCUCCAACAUUACUGAUACUGCGGUGAUUCAGCUGAUCAAAUCAUGCAACCGUAUCCGAUAUAUUGAUUUGGCAUGCUGCAACAGAUUGACAGACAACAGUGUCCAGAAAUUGGCUACUCUUCCGAAACUGAGACGGAUAGGUCUUGUCAAGUGUCAGGCAAUUACGGAUCGCAGUAUAUUGGCCCUAGCAAAGUCUAAAGUGUCCCAGCAUUCUUCAGGGACUAGCUGUCUGGAACGAGUACAUCUUAGCUACUGCGUCCACUUGACAAUGGAAGGAAUUCAUUCGUUGCUGAACAGUUGCCCACGGCUCACUCAUCUGAGUCUUACUGGCAUCCAAGCAUUCCUUCGAGAAGAAUUGAUAGCGUUUUGCCGCGAAGCUCCUCCUGAAUUCACCCAGCAGCAACGCGAUGUUUUCUGUGUGUUCAGCGGCGAAGGAGUCAGCGCUUUGCGUGAUUUCCUUAAUCGUACGAUGGUUCCUUAUCGCCUAGAGACCGAAGAUGGAACGAUGUAUGACGAUUCUGAUGAGUUAGACGAAGCGGAGGGUCAAAUGACGGGCCUUAUGCAUGCCGCCGUCAUUAAUGAUGAGGAUGACAGUGAGAUAAUGGAUGGAGGAACCCCGGCUGCCCCUCUCGGAUGA